GUCCUCAGAGGAGCAUAUCAGCCAUGCGUAUCACCUGCUGAUGACACGACUCAAUGAGGAACACGCCGAGAUGCGCUUCUCAGCUUUCCAGAUCGUGCAGGAGCUGUUCAUCCGCUCCCAUCAAUUCCGGACGCUAAUUAUUUCCAACUUCCAAGAGUUGUUGGAGCUCACAGUGGGGACAAACCAUGAACAGCCUCUUCCCCCUCCCAGAGAGGUGGCACAGAAACUGAGGAAAGCAGCCAUUAAGUCAGUGCAAGACUGGCAUGAAAAGUAUGGAGAGGCCUACAAGAAACUUUCUCUAGGAUACCACUUCUUAAAGCAGAAUAAAAAGGUGGAUUUUCAAGAUGUACAUGCCAGAACUGUAGCUGAAAGGAGGAGGGAAGAGGAGAAACAAAAACGACUGGAUAAUGUUUACAAAGAAAAAGCCAAAAGAGCUGAAAAAGAAAUGGAAGAAAUGUCCCAAGAGAUUGCCAACACAUUAACAGAGAUGGAAAACUGUUUCCAGCUUCUGAUGCCGGAUCCUUUUGACUUCUCUGUGAAUGACAUGGAUCUGGAACCCAGCAAACAAAUGUCUGCUAAUGAGGAGAGACCUGCAUCCCCCUUGUCCUCCCAGGUGGAAGUUAACCAGGCCGGUUUUGGAUGCGUGGAUGAUGAGCAGCCGUGCUGCAGCAAGGAUGUUCUUUCUGUUUCUCAGUGGGUUAGAACUGAUAAAAACCAAGAGUCAGAUGAGAAACAGGAGAAGCCUGAACAAAAAGAACUAGAUGGAAGCACGUGCGCAGUUCAGUCUGGUAUCCCUGAUCUUGGUGAUGAUGAUUACCAGACUUUUGUGAGGAACCAUGGACUUAUUUCAUAUAAAUACACUCUAGACCUUGAAAUCUCCACAGAUAUAAAAGUGCAUGAGAAUGAAGAUAAUACUGCGAUCAUAAACAAUGUCACGGAUGCUCACAAGCUCCUCAGAAAUAAAUUCUUACCUUCUGUGCAGUCCUGGGUUCAGUUGUUUACCCGAGCAGGAGUAAAUGAUGAUCGACUGAAAUGUGCCAUUGAUCUCAAGAAUAAGUUGGAGACUGCUAUGAAGAAAUACAAGGAAAUGAAUAUUUCCUUUAAAGCGAGAAAAAGGAAAGUGAUGAAAGAUGUGGAUGAUGAUGAUGAUGAUGAUGAUGACGACGACGACGACGAAGAUGAAUUUGUGGAGGUCCCCGAGAAGGAAGGUUAUGAGCCCCACAUUCCAGACCACCUGCGUAAGGAAUAUGGGCUAGAGCCCCAGUCACCAAAACCACCCGUGGGGAAGACAUCAGCCGCUCCGCUGAGCUCCCGUGCCCAGCUGAAAGGGAAUGAAGAUGAACUUGAUCCAACCUGUGCAGCUGCCACACUGAAACUUAUUAGAGACAAACUACCACAGUUACCACCUCCACAUGCCAGUGACUCUGCAACUACUGAGCCAACAGCCUUGGAAGAGCCUGACAGUAAGAGAAAAAAACUAGAAGAAGAAAGAGCUAAAGCUCCCCUCAUGCCUUUUGGAUUAGAUCUUCACUACUGGGGACAGGAUCAGCCAAGCGCUGGGAAGAUUCUCAAAUUUACUUCUGAGCAUCGAUUUUGGGCACCCAGUGAAGUAGAAGAAGAGGUGGAAAAUAAAGAAAUAUCUGAAAUGUUAAAAACUAGAUAUAUAACAUUUGCUGGCAAGUUUGAACCAGUGAAACAUAAAUGUCGAGCACCAAUGCCUGAUGGAAGUCUGUGUGAAAGACAAGAUCGGUUUAAGUGCCCUUUCCAUGGAAAAAUAAUUCCUCGGGAUGAGUCUGGGAUUCCCAUUAAUGCGGAGGACAGAGCCAGAGAAGAAAAGAUGCGGUUUGAGAAGCAAGCAGCUCAGCCAGAGUGGCGAGAUCCAGAAUUCAUGAGAGAAGUUGAAGCAGCUACAGGAGUGGAUCUUGGUUCCUCUAAAAAUAAUGGAAAAGGAGGGAAAAAGAAAGGGAAGAAGAAAAAAUAUCCAAAUCUGACAGACCUGAAGCAGCAGGCUAACACUUCUCGUUCCCGACUUGAGAAGAAAGUCUUCAAUAAAGGUGCUAUGAAACGAGUGGUGAAAGCAAUGAACCGAGUGGACCAAAGAAAGCACGACAAGUUUGCCAACCAGUUUAACUACGCACUGAAUUAA